UCUUCACUCACCAGUAGUAUCCACCUGCUAGUAACUAUCCACCUAAAAAUGGCAAGUCCUCCUGCGGCCAAGAGCUCAAAAUUGCAUGUUGCUAUGUUCCCCUGGUUUGCCUUUGGCCACCUUACUCCGUACCUUCAUCUUUCGAAUGAGCUUGCCAAGAGAGGGUACACAAUUUCCUUCCUACUCCCAAAGAGAGCAGAACCUACGAUGAAACAAGAAAACCUCAACCCGACCCUCAUACGCUUCUUCUCCCUAGAUGUUCCCCAUGUCGAUGGCCUCCCUCCUGGGGCCGAGACUGCAUCCGACGUUCCCUUCCCCCUUCACACACACCUAGCCACUGCUUUCGACAAAACCCAAGAACAAGUCCAAACCAUUUUAAGCUCUCUCAAGCCCGACAUUAUUGUCUUCGACCUUGGAUUUUGGGUUCCAUCCGUUGCUCAAAAGCUUGGGAUCAAAUCUGUCUACUAUGCAGUGCUGUGCGCUGCUGCACACGCGCUCCGUGUAGUCCCUGCUUUAAAGAUCGAAAGGGGCUGGACCAUGGCAGAGCUAAUGCAGAUACCACCUGGUUGCCCAUAUUUACCACUGCGACCACAAGAAGCCUCCCAAGCAACAGUUUUAUCACAAGAGUUUGGAAGUGGGAUAACCAUGUAUGAACGCCUAAGCACCAGCAUGAGGGAGCGCGAUGCCUUGGCCAUAAGGACAUUUCGUGAAAUUGAGGGACCCUUUUGCGAUUACCUUGCAGAGCAGUAUUCCAAGUCAACUGUGUUGCUAACAGGGCCUAUCUUGCCUGAGACACCAGAAGGGCAGCUUAAGGAGAGAUGGGCUACAUGGCUAAGCAACUUCAACCCAGGUUCCGUAGUGUUCUGUGCAUUGGGUAGCCAGAUUACACUAGGAAAGGAACAGUUUCAGGAGCUACUUCCGGGUUUUGAGCUAUCUGAGUUGCCAUUUUUUGUAGUUUUGAGGCCGCCAGAGGGAAGCAAGACGAUUGAAGAGGCAUUGCCAGAGGGGUUCAAGGAGAGAGUCGAGGGAAAAGGGAUGAUGCAUGGAGGCUGGGUUCAGCAGCCAUUGAUAUUAAAGCACCCGUCCAUUGGGUGCUUUGUUAGUCAUUGUGGGUUUGGAUCCAUGUGGGAGUCUUUGUUUAGCGACUGCCAGAUAGUAUUAGUGCCUCAUUUGGGUGAUCAGAUCAUAAAUGCUGUGUUAAUGGCAGAAGAACUGAAAGCUGCGGUAGAAGUUGAAAGAGAGGAAAAUGGAAGGUUCACCAAGGAAAGUGUUUGCAAAGCAAUCAAGUCAGUGAUGGAUGAAGAUAGUGAGGUGGGUGGGAUGGUCAGGAGAAACCAUGCUAAAUGGAAGGAGAUUAUUUCAAGCCAAGACUUGCAAAGGAGAUACAUCGAUACCUUUGUUCAAAGUCUGCAAGAUCUAUCAGAUCAAAAGACAUCCAUGGCUGGAGACUUCUGAGUUUUGUAGUCCCAAAGUAAAUUUAGGGAUUUUCCUUCAGUUACAAGUGAUUAUGUCUUUUGGAGAAGCAUUAUAAUUAUUAUUAUCGGUAUCAUCAUCAUCA